GAGUAAGAAGAUACAACACAUCUUAUCUCAGAUUCAGUUUGAUGGAUAAGUUUAAUCUUAGUUUUGAUACAAUAAGAAUGUUAUGUUGCAAGUUUCUUAUAAUUUACUAUUAAAAACAGUUUAUUUUCCUUACACUCCACAUGCUAAUCAAGAUUGUUUACCAUUAGUUUCACGUUAUAUCUUAUCUACAUACUGUUUAUGUAAUCGAAUUGUGGAACAGACCAUGAUUAAACAUGUUUAUUGUUUCGUCAUCAGCAGUAAACUGUAUAUGAAAUUAUGAAGAAGGUUUCAGUAUGUUUCAAGCUGUUAAACCACCUUCAUGUUCUGUAUUAAUAACGUGUCAUCAUGCAUCGGUUUGGCAGAUUAAAGUCCCUCUUUGAAUGUUACAGCAGCUACCUAACCGCAUGCCCAGACUGUCAAUUUUCAAGUAGCACAGGACAGAAUAGAAGAAUCGACAAGGUACUUAUUGCUAACAGGGGAGAGAUAGCAUGUCGUAUAUCGAGAACAGCAAGAAAGCUUGGUGUGAAAACAGUGGCAGUGUACAGUGAUGCAGACCGAGACUCUAUGCAUGUUGAUUUGGCUGAUGAAGCUUAUUGCAUAGGUCCUGCAGCUUCUAGUCAAAGUUAUUUAAGACAGGACAAGAUCAUAGCUACUGCCAAGAAAUCACAUUGUCAAGCAGUACAUCCAGGCUAUGGAUUUUUAUCAGAGAAUACAGAGUUCGCAGAACUCUGUCAGAAAGAAAAUAUCAUAUUCAUUGGUCCACCGGCUUCUGCAAUCAGGGAUAUGGGAAUUAAAAGUACAUCUAAAGCCAUCAUGGCCAAAGCUGGAGUUCCUAUUAUUGAAGGGUAUCAUGAAGAGGAUCAGUCAGAUAUAACGUUAUUGGCAGAAGCUAAGAAAAUCGGUUUCCCACUGAUGAUAAAAGCGGUACGUGGAGGUGGUGGUAAAGGUAUGAGAAUCGCACUUAAAGAGAGCGAUUUUACAGAGGCAUUGGAAUCUGCCCGUACCGAAUCUCAAAAAGCAUUUGGCGACUCAGCUGUACUCCUAGAGAAGUUUGUCGCCGAGCCAAGACACGUGGAAGUGCAAGUAUUUGCAGAUCAUUAUGGAAAUGCUGUUCACUUAUUUGAAAGGGAUUGUUCAGUUCAAAGAAGACAUCAGAAAGUUAUCGAAGAAGCUCCAGCACCAGGAAUCUCGGCAGAAUUGCGUGCAGAAUUGGGCGCGGCGGCUGUGCGUGCCGCUAAAGCUGUAGGAUAUGUGGGGGCUGGUACCGUAGAAUUUAUUAUGGAUCGAAAUACCCAUAGUUUCCAUUUUAUGGAGAUGAAUACCCGUCUGCAGGUUGAACAUCCCGUCACUGAAGCAAUUACAGGAACAGAUCUUGUUGAAUGGCAACUCAAAGUAGCAGCUGGUGAAAAACUUCCUCUUACGCAGGAAGAGAUUCAACUGAAAGGACAUGCUUUCGAGGCUAGAAUAUAUGCAGAGGAUCCGAGAGGUGGAUUUUUACCUGGAGCUGGUCCACUUUUGUACUUAAGAACACCUGAGACAUCAGAAAAUGUCAGGGUUGAAACUGGCGUGCGACAAGGUGAUGAAGUAUCUGUACAUUAUGACCCUAUGAUAGCAAAACUAGUUGUUUGGGGUAAAAACAGAGAAGAGGCUCUAAGUAUACUAAGAGGCAAAUUAUCAGAGUAUGAUAUUGUUGGUGUCGAGACAAACGUGGAAUUUAUAAAGGAUCUAUCUGCCCAUCCAAAGUUUCAAAAUGGGGAAGUGCAUACUGGGUUUAUUGAAGAAAAUUUUGAUUCUCUUUUUCGCAAGCUACAAGUACCUAAGUUAGUUUUAGCACAAGGAGCACUUGCCUUAAUACUACUUCAAGAGUAUAAGUCUCUCAAGGCAGCAAUUACAACGCAAAUUCCCUUCAAUCCUUUUACCACAGAAGUGGGAUUAAGGCUGAAUCAUAUUUUGAAUCGAAGAUUCAAAUUCAAUGUAUUAGAUAAUGACGUUGUGGUUGACGUCAAAUAUACUGAGCCAGAAGUAUAUUCAAUUAGGGUGGAUAAUCUUGGACCUUGGAGAAAAGUUACAGGAAUUCUGAUAAAUAGCGAUAAGGGUUUUGAAAUUAAUUCAGAGAUUGAUGGAAUUAAGUCUAAAGUGCGAAUAGUAAAGUUGAAAGAUGAGCUUUAUAUAUUUACCAAUGAUCGCAAGUGGCAAUUAAAAAUUGCACAAGCAAAAUUCAUAAGUCUACUUUCUAAAGAAAAGAAUGUUUCUGCUGGUGCAGCAAUUAGUCCUAUGCCAGGAGUAGUGGACAAAGUGCUUAUUAAAAAAGGAGAUGUUGUCAGUAAAGGUGAUCCAUUAAUCGUUAUUGUUGCCAUGAAGAUGGAGCACAUAAUAAAAGCAUCUGCUGAUGGCACAAUCGAUGAAGUCCUCUGUGCUGUUGGUGACAACGUUGCGAAAAACAAACUGCUAGUGCAGUUAAAAGAGUCCCCGUAACAAGUACAAAAAUCUUUUGCUAAAUGACCACAGGCCGCACUAUACAGAGUAUAUUGUUAUUUUUGUAUCUCAUAUAAAAUAAAAUGUAAUUUUGUUUAAAAAAA